AUGGGUCUCCGGAAGCGUUUGGAGCUCCGCUCCGAGAGCGCCGACCUCGGCACGGAGGGAGGCCGGCUGUCGAACAAGGACAUGGACCCUAUCCCGAUGGGCUCCCCUGAGCGCACGUGGGGUUGGCCGAGUUUGCUCGGCUUCUGGAUCGCGGAGGCUUUCUCCAUCUCGAUGUAUCAAGUCUCCUCAACAUCUGUCACGAAAGGUCUUAACCCAGGCCUCGCAAUCCUCGCAGUCUUCAUCGGACAUGUCCUCGUCUGCAUCCCGGCUAUGCUAGACGGCUACGUCGGCUGCAUCUUCGGCAUCAACUUCCCCGUCUUCACCAGAGCCUCUUUUGGCCUCCGAGGUUCUUACGGUGCCGUGUUUGUCCGCGGUGUCGUCGCCUGUAUCUGGUUCGGCACCCAGUCCUUUCAGGGCGGACAGUGUCUGCAGGUCAUGAUCUCCGCCAUCUGGCCGUCGUUCAACAAUUUCCCAAACCACCUCGCUGAGAGCGCACACGUCACCAGCUCCGAGUUGCUGUGCUUCUUCUUGUUCAUCAUCGUUCAGCUGCCGUUGCUUUGGUUGCAUGUGAGUAGUCUGAGGUACAUGUUCAUGGCCAAGACGGUGAUUAUGCCAAUCUUUGGUUUGACUUUGUUCAUCUGGGCCAUCGUUGCUGGCAAGGGCUUCGGACCAACGUUCUCAAAGCCAACUCUCAUCAAAGACGGUACUCCCGCCGUCGUAGUGUUCUUCCAAUGUGUCACCAGCGCCAUCGGCCCCAAAGCAACACUCGCCCUCAACAUGCCCGACUUCACACGCUACGCAAAGGAACCCCGCCAGGUCUUCUGGACACAGGCCGUCGGUCUGUGUGUCCUAGUCACAAUGUGUGGUGUGCUAGGUGCCACCGUGAGUAGCGCCUCCGAGGUCAUUUACGGCAAGGUGACCUGGAACCCUCUGGAAGUCGCACGGCUAUGGGAGAACCGCGCUGCUCAGUUCUUCGCGGGUCUCUGUUGGGCGUUUGCGGUGAUUGGCACGAACAUUAGCGCCAACAGCGUCUCUUUCAGCAACGAUUUGGCGCUAUGGUUUCCAAAGUACAUCAACAAUAGGCGUGGAGCGUAUAUAUGCGCUGUGUUUGGUGUAUGUGCCGUGCCUUGGUACAUCCAGUAUAGCGCCAAAUCCUUCUCCUCCUUCCUGGGCGGUUACUCUCUCUUCCUCGGCGCCAUCGCGGGCAUUAUCAUCACUGACUUUUGGAUCUGCCGCAAGCGCACAAUGGCAGUCUCGUCUCUAUUUGAUCCGCGAGGCAUACACUACUACACCUUUGGCGUCAACCCUAGAGCGGUCAUCGCCUUCAUCUUCGCUAUUGUACCAAACAUCCCCGGUCUUGCGGCUGCUUGUGGCGCUAAAGGAGUUCCUAAGGGCGCAAUCUAUCUGUACAGUUUGAGUUGGCUCGUCAGCAUACUCGUAGCGAGUUUUACGUAUUGGGUGGGUUGGAAAAUCAAGCCGUUCCCUGUGGACGACAGUCGGGAGCAGCUGUACGUUGACGGAUAUCCCACGGUGGAAGAUUCCAUCGGGUCAGAAAAAGGAUUGGAAGGGAAAGACCAAGACGUGAAGAUGGGAUGA